AUGCCAGUCACGGAUUUCAAGACACCCGAAAAGUAUACCUACCUCAAUGGCCAUGGCUCUUAUCAUGAGUCUGAGGCGAUCAAAGGGGCCUUGCCCGUAGGUGCCAACUCCCCGCAGAAGCCCCCUUAUGGGCUGUAUGCCGAAAAGCUCUCAGGCACAGCUUUCACAGCUCCCCGACAUGAAAAUCUUCAAACAUGGCUGUAUCGCGUGCUGCCGUCGGCAUCGCAUUCUCCAUUCGAGCCUUUUAUGGACUACUCCAGCGAACAGCUGCAAUCUGUUCUGAACCACAUACCCAAUCAAUUCCGAUGGGACCCGUUCGAUACUGAUGCCAGUGUUGACUGGGUCCGGGGCAUCAAGCAUCUGGCUGGUGCCGGCGAUCCAACUGCCAAGAGAGGUCUCGGCAUAUACCUAUUUGCCGCUGGUCGCGACAUGGAUUCAAACACCGCCAUGUACUCCUCAGAUGGCGAGAUGCUCAUAGUUGCCCAGCAAGGCGUGUUGGACAUCCAGACUGAGAUAGGGAAGCUCCUCAUUCGACCCAACGAGAUUGUGAUCAUCCCGCGUGGGAUCAAAUAUCGCGUCACCCUGCCAGAAGGCCCUGUGCGUGGUUAUAUCUUGGAAUUAUACCAAGGACACUUCGUCCUUCCGGAGCUGGGGCCUAUUGGCUCUAACUGUCUUGCUAACCCACGCGAUUUUCAAGUGCCUUGUGCAAGUUUUGAUAUGGAUACAAAUACCACUUGGUCGAUUGUAAACAAGUACAAUGGUCAGCUCUUUAUCGCCAAGCAAAACCACACCCCCUUCGAUGUGGUAGCUUGGCAUGGUCGAUGUAAGUCGUUUGAACACCGGGACCAGUUUCAAGACGACGAUCACGUUGUUAGAGGCUUGCGCAGAACGGCGGCUGAUUUUUGUAUUUAUCAAGACUACCCAUACAAGUAUGAUUUAGGGCGUUUCAGUGUAAUCGGCAGCACCUCAUUCGAUCACCCGGAUCCGUCCAUUUACACGGUCCUUACCGGCCCGUCCGACCAUCCGGGCACAGCUGUUGCUGAUUUUGUAGUCUUCCCUCCUCGCUGGCUCGUCCAGGAAGACACCUUUAGGCCACCUUGGUACCACCGCAACACAAUGUCCGAGUUUAUGGGCCUAGUCUCGGGGGAUUAUGACGCCAAAUCCGGUGCUGGUUUUCGACCCGGAGGCGCAAGCCUUCAUAACGUUAUGGCUGCCCAUGGCCCAGACACCGGCACAUUUGAGAAAGCCAGUAACAUGGAGCUGAAGCCUCAGAAGAUUGGUGUUGGCAGUAUGGCCUUCAUGUUUGAGAGUAGUCUUAUGCUCGGUGUGACGGAAUGGGGCCUGAAUACUUGCCAGAAGGUACAGGGAAGUUAUAAUAAGGAUAGUUGGCUGGAUCUGCAACCUCAGUUCAAGCCACCUGUCUAA